AUGAAUUAGUCUGAAGAAUCACCUAUGAAGGUAGAUAGUAGAAGACCGAGAAAUAAAACAGAAACAAAAUAUAAGUCUUAAAGUCCAUAAAUAAAACCAUAAUUUACAUAAUAAUUACUUAAACAUAAAAAGAGCAAAAGCAAGGAAAAAAUAUAAUAAAAGCAAGAUUUAUUGCCAAAUGUAACUAGAAAAUUGAAUCCUAAAUCAACAAGCUUUUCUAAAAAAAGAAAUCAAUUCAUACCUUCUCCUUAAGAAUUUUGUUUAAAGGUAAAUACAUAAGUUGAAUUCAAAUAGUAUUUUAUUGGAUGGGGAAAUAAUGAGGGUUUAGUAAAAAGAGUAAUGUAGAAAAGAAUAUAAUGGAAAGAAACUACUGAUUCUAGUUCUAUGUUUGUUAAUUUUAAGUGGCAAUAAAGUGAAAGAGGUUAUAGAUAUGAAAGAUUGAUAGUUAGUUAAAACUACAAAUAAAUUGUUAAUCAUUUCGAACAUCAUAAAGAAAUAUCAAAUAAAUCUUAUCUAAUAAAAAAUCUAUCUUAAUAUUGCGAAGUAAAAAUAUGUUUAUUUUUAGAAACAUAAAUUAAAUGUAUUUGAUUAUACUCCAUUAACAUUUGUGAUUGAUUUUAGUGAUGAAAAUUGUGAUUACAAUAUUACAUAAUUCCUUAAAACUUAUGAAUAAUUUGCUCCUAAAAAACCAUCAGCAAAAUUAAUGCUCGAUGUUAAAAGAAAAUUAAGAGGAAAUUUUAGUAAUGCUUAUUAAAGAGAUUAAAGUUCAUAAUUUUAAAAAAUUCAAAUGAAUAAUACAUUUUUAUCAGAAGAUUCUACUUAUAUGUGGUUAUUAAAACCAACAUUUUUGAAUAGAGGAAGAGGAAUUCAAAUAUUUGAUAAUUUAGAUACAUUAGUAAAGUUAGUAUCCGAUUUUUAAGAAGGGUUAAAAGAAAAGACUCUAAAUCAAAAAGAUGAAUCUUCUGGAGAAGAAGAACCACCUAAAUAAGUUUAAAGUGCUUAAGGAACAAAAAAAGAUCCAAAUUAAUAUAUUAGAUAAUAACCAACAGGACCUUGUAUUAUAAAAUCAUAGUCAUUUGUUAUUUAAAAAUAUAUAGAAAAACCAGCUUUGAUAAAUAAAAGAAAAUUUGAUAUUAGAGUUUGGGGAUUAGUAACUCAAGAAUUAGAUGCUUAUUUCUUUUAAGAAGGAUAUAUUAGAACAUCUUCAGAAGAUUUCACAUAUAAUAUAGAGAACACUUUUGUACAUUUAACAAAUAAUGCAAUCUAAAAAUACUCAAAAAAUUAUGGGGAAUUUGAAGAUGGUAAUUAAUUAUCAUUCAAAAACUAUUAAGAGUAUUUAAAAUAAUAAAAUAUUAUAUGUAAUGUUGGAGAUGUAAUAUAAUUCAAUAUUUUAGAUAAUAAAUAAAAUGAAAGAAAGAAUAUGGAUGGUUUUUAAUUCAGUCCGCAGUAAAAUUAAUUUCGAAGAUAGAAAGUAUUGCUUUGAAAUUUUUGGAUUUGAUUUUAUUUUGGAUUCAGAUCAAGAAGUCUGGUUAAUUGAAGUUAAUACAAAUCCUUGUAUAGAAGAAUCAAGUCCAUUAUUAAAAAUGUAUAUUCCAAGAAUGUUAGAUGAUGCAUUUAAAUUAACUAUUGAUAUUUUAUUUCCUCCUUAGUAGCCUUAUAAAUAAUCUUUACCAUAAAUUUGUAAUUAUAAGUUCUAAUUAAAGAUUAACUUCCUUAAAUAAAGGAAGAAUCACAAUCUGAUUAUCCAGUUGUUGGUUAUCCUAAUGAUGAAAAUAUGUGGAUGUUAUUAGGCUCUUUAAAUGAUAAAAAAAUUAAAAAAAAAAAAUGAUUAAUUAUACUAUUUAAAUUAUCUUAGAUUUCAUUUAAAUAUGUUCAAUCCUACAAUUUCUUAAGUCAAGCCUAUAUGCAUGGAUUUUUAGAAAGAUCUUUGUCUUAAACCGUAAUGUCCAUUAGAACAUAAAUAUUGGCCAUGUCCUGAUUAUGACAAAGGAUUUUGUUUUUUGGGUUCUUCAUGUGAUAAGUUAAAAUUGUAUCAAAACUUUUAGAAAACAUAUUGUAAGAAAAUUAUGCAUGGAUUAUGUAUAUGGAUUUUGUAAAGAUGGACCCGAAUGUAAAAUGUAACACGUGAAAUUAUUCGAUUUGAAUGAUAGAACUUAAGAACUCAAAUUUACAGAAAAAUUUUAUUCAAAAUUAAAAUAAGAAUAAGCUACUUUCAAAUAAAGUGAAAUAAAUGUUAAACCAGUUAUAUGCAAAUCUUGUUAGGAAGUUGGACAUAAAUCAAAUGUCUGUAAGAAAAAUUUAAGAUUAAGUCCUACCAGAAAAAUACUAUGUGGUAUUUGUGAAACUGAACACACCAUCUUUGAAUAGGGUAAAAAGUAAGAUUGUCAAUACAAAAUUCCAUUGUCAUAAUAAUAAUAAUCCUUUUAACAAUAAUUUUAAUAAUAAUGAGAGGCU